AAGGUUAUUUUGUAAAACAACAUGGCAAGCCACACAGUUCUUCACAGCGGAUAUCACCAUCCAGUUUUACGUUCAUGGCAGACGGCAAAUACGAGUAUUUGUGCGGAGAAUCUCAUCUACCCCAUCUUUGUCACAGAUGAAGAUGAUGAUGUCCAGGAGAUCGCCAGUAUGCCAGGUCAAGCGCGGUAUGGUAUCAACCGUGUCCAGGAAGCACUGGAACCCAUGGUCAAGAAUGGACUGAAGACUGUCCUGAUAUUUGGUGUACCUAGCAAAAUUAAAAAGGACAACAUUGGUACCGCUGCUGACUCCCAAAGUACUCCUGCUAUAGUGGCCACCCGCAUGCUGAGGAAGUGGUUCCCUGACCUCCUCAUAGCCUGUGAUGUCUGUCUGUGUCCCUACACAUGUCACGGUCACUGUGGUGUGAUGAGGGAAGAUGGAAGUCUGGACAAUGAGGCCAGCAUUAAGAGAUUGGCUGAGAUAUCAUUAGCCUAUGCCAAAGCAGGAUGCCAGAUUAUCGCCCCGUCAGAUAUGAUGGACGGGAGAGUUGGUGCUAUAAAAGAUCUCCUCCAAAAGGAAGGCCUGGGUAACCGAGUGUCCGUUCUCAGCUACAGUGCUAAGUUUGCAUCGUCCUUCUACGGACCAUUCAGGGAUGCUGCCAAGUCUGCCCCAUCUUACGGAGACAGGAAAUGUUACCAGCUUCCUCCUGGAUCUGUUGGUCUAGCCGAAAGAGCUGUGGAUCGUGACGUCGCCGAGGGAGCAGAUAUGUUAAUGGUGAAGCCAGGUCUAGCCUACUUGGAUGUAGUCAGGAUGGUCAAGGGCAAGUACCCCUCCCACCCCCUGGCCAUAUACCAGGUGUCAGGGGAGUAUGCUAUGCUGUAUCACGGUGCUAAAGCUGGAGCCUUUGACCUAAAGACGACCUUGAUGGAAGUACUCACCAGUAUGAGGAGGGCUGGGGCAGACAUUCUCAUCUCUUACUACACACCCCAGGUGCUGGAGUGGAUCAAGAAAUAACCAUUUGCAUAUAACUGCAUAUUAAUUAUGUAUUUGUUAAUUCAAGUUGCACCGACACAUCUUACAUACCUAAUUGUUAAUAUUGCUGUUAAUCUUUCAAAUUUUCCAUGUUUCAUCAUUUAAAUGUCUAUUUAAAAGUAUGAAGAUAGACCAAGAUGUAUGUUUUUAAGUGAACCCAAAAAGAAGUACUGCCCCCUUACUUACAUGUACUGGUACUGAAUGAGUCCCAUUAGAUAUGUCCUAAUUGUGAUUGUAAACAGCUGUUAUCACCAGAGUUCUAAGAUUAAUAGGAUUUUUAUUAUUUAUCUGCAAACUGAUAUAUUGUAAAAGGGAUUUCAUUUCAAGAAUCUGGGCACUGAGCAGCUGAUAUUCAUAAUGUUAAGUGUGUUUUUGUUCUUAUUAAAUGAGAGGUUGAUGAACUACACAUAAAUAAUAUAUUAUAUAAACAUGGAUUUUAGGAUGUCAUUGUUAGUAAUAAAGAUGUAUUCUAUGACAUUUUAAGUUCUUACCAAAUGUUGUGGUACUUAAUUUAAUUGUAAGUUAUUUUUUUCUCAAGAAAACAAAGAUGUUGCUUCCUUUCACCAUUAAGGCUGUACAUGCACUUAAUACAGGUGAAGGUAUUAUUUCUGUGAUAAAUUUCAGUUGCAUCAUAUUACCUGGUACAUGAAAUAAUAGAGAAUUUGUCUUGAUCGUGCGAGAUUAUAAUGUCAGAGAUGGUUAAUAUCACAACUGAUGCAGUAUAUGUUGUGGAAUAUAUGAUUGUAACAGUUCAAAGCUAAAGUAUGUCUGCAAAUCAUGUUUUACUGGUAAUCUGGAGUGGAAUCGGUAAAAAAGGAAUAUUUGAAAUAAUAUAUCCACAGAAAUAUAGGUCUGUGAAUUUAAAAGUCAGCGAUGUCUGUGCAAACUAGAUCAUUUCUGUAUUGUGAACUUUCUCACUACAUGUAUAACAAAGUUCCCUUAUGUAGACCAGAAAAUUAUAAGUCCCCCACCUGAAACUGGGGGGGACUAGAGUUUUGCGUCAUGUCUGUCCAUCCUUCCGCUAUCUUGUCCGGCACUACUUGUCACUGGAACUUCAUACUUGAAGUAUGGGUUCACCUUGGUGAGGCGGUGUGUCAUGUAUCAUAAGUAGGUCACUCUG